AUGAGGAUGAGGGACGCCACUGGCGCUUUGGAAACGUCGACAACAGGUGCGCGCGUGUUUAAUCUCUGUGUAUAUGUAGAGUCUGAAGCGAAUGCGUUUGACCUGACGAGCGGCAUUGUGACUGUGUAG